UAGUGUGUCUGUGGUUCAAAAUGCUUGGUAUUAAAACAUAGUUUCAUAAUUUUUAUUAAAGUUUCAGUGGAUAUUUUAUGAAGAAUAUGAUAUAACUUGUGUACAACUAUGGCAUUCCUCUGUCCUGUAAGAAUAAGAAGGGGGAAAAAGAAGAAAUCAAGUAGUGGCGAUUCGGAUAAGGAGCUGUCACGCCCAGGGUCAGGCUUGAGUCCUGGUAUGGGGCGCAUCACAGGCUCAGCAAGCAUUGAAACAUUAGUGAGAGUUGGCAUUGAAAAAGAACAUGGGCUCAGUCCAGACUCUAAAAUGGUGGUCCUGCAUGAUUUUGCACCCUGUGUUGAUGAUGAACUUGAGGUAAAAAGAGGACAAAUUGUUAAUGUAUUAUACCGUGAAAAUGACUGGGUGUACGUUAUAGUGACGGAGUCUAGACGAGAGGGGUUCAUUCCUCAUUCAUAUUGUGCUCCAUGUGAUCACCAUGACUUGAAAAAGAAACUACCAAGAAGUCGGUCACCUACUGACAUGGCACAUAGAGAUGUAUCACAAUUGUCUUUAUCGGACGGAGCGACAAAUGACGGUCAUUCAGAAAUGGGGAGUGAAGGUGAAGCAUGCCCAUUUAGCAAGGAUCCUUCAGGGAGAUAUGUAGUCUUGUACACAUUCACUGCUAGGGACGAAAAUGAUGUUGAUGUGGAACGGGGCGAGUUUGUUACAGUUUUAAAUAGAGAAGACCCUGAUUGGUAUUGGAUUGUGAGGAGUGAUGGGCAAGAAGGAUUUAUUCCCUCUGGCUUUGUUUAUCCUGCUGUGGCACAAGCACCACAACCAGACAACACUCAGCAAAUUCACACACCACCAACAACAAAUCCAACAAACACAAUGUUGUCCAACAACAACAACAGUAUUAAUACAAUACAACAAGACAACGAUGGGAGGUAUCAUGGAACUGAGCUAGUCAUGCUGUAUGAUUAUAAGGCACAAGCUCCGGACGAUUUAUCUGUGAAAAGAGGUGAAUGGGUAUAUGCAGAUCUGACACAACAGACUGUAGAGGGGUGGCUAUGGGCGCACGCACCUAAGUCGCGGCGGUCCGGUUUCAUACCUACUGCAUACGCCCGCGCACCUCAUACUACGUCACUUUGAUAUAAAGGCUGAUAUGAAAAAUAACGUAAAGCCCUUCGUUUCUUUUCUCUGAUGUAUAAAAGUCUGUAAACACAUUCCUUGGGUAUGUUUGGAUCAUUAUCCCUUUUAUGAGUUAACUGGUUUCGUUCAAUUAACAGAAAUUUAUGUUAUUAUGAAAUUAGGACCUAAUAUAUAUUGUUAUCUUACAAUAUUUUUGGUCUUUUUUGGAUUUCUUUGACAAGAUAUACACAAAAUUAAUAUAUUUUAUGGCCUUUAUAGUUUACCCUAGUAAGUGAUAUAUUAGCAUGAUAUAAAGGUAUAUGAAUUUAAGAGCCCUUCCUAAUUAUAAUAAUAUUGUGGAAAGUAAUCGGAUUGCUUAGAAACAUUUUAGAUCUAUUAUUUUUCUACUUAAUGUUGCUAUAAGCUUAAACAGUAAGAUAUUUUAAGUUGUUUUUUUAUUAAUAUUUCACAAAUAAAGUGUACAAUAAAUAAGUCUUCCUUAGAAGUUAGAAUUAAGUAUCCAGUAUUGAGUUAAGAUCUGAUGAUUAAAAUUAGCAUUUAUUGUAAAUUCUCCGUCCAAAUUGACUGAUACAGUGUGUUACAAAAUUAUACUUUGGGUAUUAGAGCUCAUUCAAAUUAGCUGUGUGUAAGCGGCAGCAACAUCAAAUUAAAACCAGGGUGCUGGUGACAGAAAUGUUUAAAUCAUUUGAUUUAAUAGUUAAAACAAACGCAGCAGUCCAGCAUUCCGAGGCAUCAGAUACCUUUAUGUCCAUAGCUCAUGAACAUAUCUCACACUGCUGUCCCUUGUUAUAAAGCAGCUAAUUUGAAUGCAUCUUUAUAAUGUUAAGGUUUAAUUAUUAAUAAAAUACUUUUUUUUACAACAA